AUGAGGCUGCUGGCUGCUGACUUCUCCACAUUUAACUGUGACUGCAGUCAUGAGAGCAGUAGUCUCUUGGGGCCAGCAGUUCUCUCAAGAACAUCACCUAUGUCGGGAGAUUCAACCUCGGAAAAGGGAAACCGUACGUUUGACAACAAGUCGUGCUCGACAUUACAUGUACUCUUGUGUAAACUUGCGGGACCGAAAGGUGAUAAUAUUUAUGAAUGGAGAUCAUCAAUCCUCGGCCCGAGGGGUUCGGUCUACGAAAAAGGCGUCUUCUUCCUGGAUAUAAACUUUUCCCCGGAAUACCCGUUCAAACCACCAAAGGUAAGGUUCCGCACACGCAUCUACCAUUGCAAUAUAAACAGCCAGGGUAUUAUAUGCCUAGACAUACUCAAGGACAACUGGAGUCCUGCGUUGACCAUCUCCAAAGUUCUGCUUUCCAUUUGUGCAUUACUCUCAGACUGCAAUCCCGCUGACCCCCUCGUUGGUAAUAUAGCAACUCAGUUUCUCCACAGUCGCGAGGACCACGACCGGGCAGCCAGGCAAUGGACCGAACGUUACGCAACAUGAUGCAAGGAACCACCGCAACCGGUGGCUGCUUCGUUAUCUUCGUUUAGUUUAUUUCUCACUCAUUGUUAUUAUCAUUUUUUGUCCCACACUUUUUUAUUGUUAUUAUAUUUUUUUGUACAGCAUGUUCUCCCGCUUCGCAUUUUUCUGUAUAUUAGAGACCUGUGUUUCGAGUCAAGGCUCCAGACUUACUCCAAUAACUGUGGGCGGGGUAGAGGGGAGGUUAGACCUUAGGGUUGGGUCAGAUCUUCCAUCAUUGGGAGGUUUAGGUGUGGCGAGGGGUUGAACCGAGAGGAAGUUGCCUCCUUCCCCAAAACAUCCCCAAAUUUACACCUAUGGUUGGCCAUGUUUACCCUCUUACCACAAUGUCUGGAAACGAGGGCUUUGUUUCAACCUAUGAAUUUGAAAGGCCUUGGUUAAUACUCCAAUCAUACCUAACAUUGUCAAACUGAAGGGCUUUUGUUUGGUGUCCCCCCCCCCCCCCCUUUCCCUGUCAACCCUUACCAUGGUCCAAUUUCAUAGAGCUGUUUAAACAUGAAUGUAGCUAAGCACAUCAAAUAUACGUAACAGAUUUCAGUUUCCAGCCAUAUCAAUGCUCAGUAUCAUGGCUCUGCUUACCACAAAUUUAUGGUAAGCUGAGCCAUUAAAUUUGGCUCUGGUCUUAUCUACCAUUUGUUACUGGUAUCGCGCAAUUUUUGUUUGCUAAGCAAGAAUUUGUUAAGCAAUGUUGAUUUGCUUAAGCAGCUCUAUGAAACUGGUUGCCUGCUUAUCAUUCCGCGUCCAUGUGAUUUAAAGUAGGAAUAACGAUUAUAAAUGGCAGGGUACCAAUUAAAUCACAGCAGUAGCUUCCAAUCAUACUUAUGAGGGAUCUAUUUGGAUUGCCCUUUCAAAAAAGGUCUGUACUCUCUUUAUAUUUGGCUUUCACUGCAGCUACACAAGUGUAGGUGGUAUGGUUGGCUUGUGCGUAAAGCGCUCGCCUCCCACCAAGGUGACCCCGGUUCGAAUCCCGGCCAUGGCCAUAUG